AUGUGCAUCAAUUUCAUCCUGUUGCUAUUAGUUAUAAAAUGUAUACUUUAACGAUAAUGUAUUUUAUAUGAAUAUUGUUUAUUAUCUUGAAGUGAUUUGCACAAAAUAGGAUAAUGUAAAACCUAUUUAAAUCUAUAUUAAAUCAAAUAAGUUAAAUCCUUUCUCGUGUGAAUUGCUUUGGAUAAAUGACAUUAAGAACAUGUCAAUCAGUUAAAACAAUUUGACGUGUUUUGCAAGGUUAUUUCAACUUUGCAUCUAUGACUGAAAAAUAGAAAAAAUAUAUAAUAAAUGUAAUCUAAGGCUUCAAAAUUAUAAUUAACUAUAAUGUAUGUUAAUUAAGAAGUCAAUAGUACCACUUACUGAUACGAAAAGUAAAAUCUCUGUGUUUCUGUUGUAACUCAAUCAUUAAAACUCAAUAAAAUUGAUGUAUGCAUAAUUUGUUUAAUUCUUCAAAUCCAUCGCGUUGCUUGAAAUCAAUAAGGAGUUACCAUAGUAAUCGCCAUAGUGAAAUAAACAACGAUAUUAUAAAAGAGAUCAUGCCACCAAAUUUAGAGGAAGACUUCAUUGGGCAGGAGCUCAUGAAUAAUAAUGAACAUGCACAAAAUAUACAGCUGGUUUUGACGCCUUUGUCGUUGGAUUCAGAUUCCGACCACGGUGCGGAUGAGAAUGAGGAGAAUAUAGAUGUGGUAGGAAACAGUAGCAGGGUUCCUCUAGAGCAAAAUCUGAGGGAGUUACUGGUUGAAUUAUCAUACACCGAAGAUUUGGAGUCAAUAACGCAACUCAAACUAAAGGUGAUCGCCAGGGAAUUGCCUCUACAACAAUUGGGCAUACUUACGCCAAAUUUACGGGAGCUGAUCUUAGAUGGCAGUUAUGUCUCGUCCCUGAGAGACUUAGGUUGCGGCUUAAAAAAUUUAAAAAUUCUCAGGGUGAAUAAUUGCGGCGUGAAUACAAUCGACAGCGUAUUCGGUUUCGAGAUGCUGGAAGAGUUGUACGCCGCCGAUAAUUUGCUACAAGAUCUUCUUCCUUGUGCUUUCUUAUCAAACUUGAGAGUUCUUGAUGUCAGACGCAAUUACAUCACUAUUAGCAACACAUUGUCAUUUCUGAAUACCUGCUCGAAGCUAGAAAGUAUUUUCAUAGCUGGAAAUAACAACGUUGAGUCGUCCAGCACAUACAGGGAGUCCAUCAAGCGUACUCUACCGGGUAUCAAGAGUUUGGACGGUAUUCCCUAUAAUGAUGAUGAGAAUCUCCUGAUUGACGUGGAGGAUGAAUUUUCCAAUCUGGUUAUCGAAGAAGUAGCUCAAGGAAUUGGAAGUACCAGACCAAACAAUUCAUUCAGAAACAGAAGAAACCGCCAUAUUUCUACAGGAUUUGUGGUUGAUUUUCCUCCGAGAGUCUUCCUUGAAAGAGCUUUGUCUUUGAACGAUGAUGACGUACUUAUGAGAGAUGAAACAAUCUCCUCAGAGGACAUGAAAUUGGAAAACGUCGAAAAUGAAGGUUAAAGAAUUAUUUCAGUAGCUCCUCAAUGUUAUAAAUUAUAUUAUUAUUGUACAUCUUGUGGUUGAAAUUUGUUUAUUUCCAUAUUAGAAAUUGUAUUAAAUGAAAAACGUUGCUUUAUAUAAAAAGUUUAUUUUGAAAAUGUGAAAUAUAUACAUAUAAUAAUUGUA